CGCGGAGACAACGCGCGCAAAGUGUGAACGUGUCCCCACCUCCCUUGUUCCCAACCGUCAUGCGCGCCUUCGGUAUACUUUCUGCUGUCUUCUUUGCUGCUCUCGCCACGGUGAACGCUGCGGAACCCCCUGAGGAGCUCGUCGUUGAGACUACGUACGCGCCACCUGAGUGCCCGGCGAAGGCGCAGAGCGGGGACAAAGUGAAAGUUCACUACACCGGCACGCUGUUCUCAGACGGUAGCAAAUUCGACUCGAGUUACGAUCGCAACGCCCCCCUUCCGUUGACCCUCGGUGUCGGCCAAGUAAUCAAGGGCUGGGACCAAGGCAUCCAGGGGAUGUGCUUGAACGAGAAGCGGACCCUCACCAUCCCCGCCGAUCUCGCCUAUGGCAAGCGUGGUUUUGGUCGCAUCAUUCCUCCCGGUUCAGCGCUCGUCUUCGACGUCGAGCUUGUCGGCCUGGAGAGCCAGAAUCGCGAGGAGCUAUAAACGCGACAUCUACCAUAUAAGUCCCUCUCGAGCUGACGCUUUGAGGCUUGAUUGCGAGGUAUCUCCAUGAAGCGAGACGUGCGGUCUAUACGUAUGCCGAGGUGAUCUCGUAGACCCUCUCAUGAAUGUGAAUGCUGUCGAUGUGUACAGUAGUGAGGUGCUACGUAUAUCAGAUGUAUUACAUCGCGUCUAUUGUCCUACAUGAUGCUCAUGUAGUUCACGACUCGUGAAGUGCAACUUGAAGGCGGCUUCGAGCGCGCCACAUCUGAAGCCGAG